AUGAAGAAAAUUUUAGCAAAAGCGAUAAAAUCAGGUAAGAAGAGCCCUCGCCGUAGAAGCCCUCAGCACGGAAGUCCAUCUUUCCAUGCAAGUCUCUCUCCGCGUCGAAGUCCUUCCUAUCGUGUGAACUCACCUUCUCACGCCGGCUAUGGCUGUGGUGGAAUCCCUGGCGGUUACCCGUAUCAAGGCGGCGGAGGUUUCUAUCAAGACCGUGGUUCCCCACCUAAUUACGGAGGCGGUUCCCCACCUAAUUACGGAGGCGGUUCGCCACCUUAUCAAGGCUACGGUGGUGGCCCACCAUACCAACCGCAGUAUCUAGGCGGCGGAUACCAAGGUGGAGGAUACCAAGGCAGCGGAAACCAAGGCGGCGGAUACCAAGGCGGAGGAUACCAAGGCGGAGGAUACCAAGGCGGCGGAUACCAAGGCGGCGGAUACCAAGGCGGCGGAUACCAAGGCGGCGGAUACCAAGGCGGCGGAUACCAAGGCGGCGGAUACCAAGGCGGCGGAUACCAAGGCGGCGGAUACCAAGGCGGCGGAUACCAAGGCGGCGGAUACCAAGGCGGCGGAUACCAAGUUGGCGGAUACCAAGGCGGCGGAUACCAAGGCGGCGGAUACCAAGGCGGCGGAUACCAUGGUGGCUGUGGAGAUCCCGGCAGUCAUAGCUACGUCGUUAUCGGAGCUCAUGGUUACAGCAAUGAUCUUAGUACAGAAGAGAGAGAACUAGUUCAGAACUUUCCAGGCCAAAGAUUUCCACCUGAGUGGGGUUCAACAGCCGACAUCACAUGGAUUGCUGGUUCGACUCCUGGAGCUGGUACUGCAUUUGUCGGUUCUGAGACACCUGAUGACAAUAACUCGGACAAGUCAGGGAACGGUAAGUCUUAA